AUGGGUAAGAAUAGAAUAGAAGUUCCGUUGAUUGAAUUUCUUAAAAGUAAGUUUCAUUAAUUUGUUAUUAUUGCAUUGAUUUUGAUUUACUAACAUUUAUAGACAAAAUUUAUCUUGGUGCUUAUGAUUCUACUCCUAUUGAUACAAGAGAUUAUGUAUAUUUCACAGUUGAAGAUGCGUUACCUUACAAUUCAUUUCAUUUAGAUUUUGGUCCUUUAAAUAUUGGUAAUUUAUAUCGAUUUGCUGUUGUUUUACAUGCUAUUUUUAAUGAAGAUUCAAAUCAAGGUAAAGCUGUUGUUUUAUAUUCUUCGACUUGUCCCAAACAAAGAUCUAAUGCUGCAUGUUUAUUAUGUUGUUAUUUGAUAUUAUUACAAGAUUGGUCACCUCAUCAAGUUUUACAACCUAUUUCACAAUGUAUUCCACCAUUUUCUGGAUUUAGAGAUGCUGGUUAUUCAAAUUCAGAUUAUGAAAUUACUAUUCAGGAUAUUGUAUAUGCUAUGUGGAGAGCAAAACAAAGAGAUUUAAUAGAUAUAAAGGAAAAUUUUAAUUUAGAAGAAUAUGAACAAUAUGAAAGAGUUGAUCAAGGUGAUUUUAAUAUUAUAAGUAAAGAUUUUAUAGCAUUUGCAUCUCCACAACAAAAAAAGCCAGGGAUAAUUAAUGAACCAUUUAAAAAAGUAUUGAGAUAUUUUCAAGAUGCAAAUGUUCAAUUAGUUGUUAGAUUAAAUUCACAUUUAUAUGAUUCAAAGGAAUUUACAAAAAGAGGAAUAAAACAUAUUGAUAUGAUUUUCGAUGAUGGUACUUGUCCAACAUUAGAUUAUGUUGCAAAAUUUAUUGGUGCAGCUGAAUGUAUUAUUCAAAAGGGUGGGAGAAUAGCAGUACAUUGUAAAGCUGGCCUAGGUAGAACUGGUUGUUUAAUAGGCGCUCAUUUAAUUUAUACUCAUGGUUUUACUGCAAAUGAAUGUAUUGCAUAUAUGAGAAUGAUUCGACCUGGUAUGGUAGUUGGACCACAACAACAUUGGUUAUAUUUACAUCAAAAUGAUUUUAGAGAUUGGAGAUUUACAAUGUGUUUAGAUAAUAGACCAUGUGAAUUAAUUGGUGGAUUAAAUGCUUUAUGUAAUUAUGAUGAAUUUAAAUCAAGAAUGAAAGAAGCAAGAAGAAAAGUAUUGCAACAGCAACAACAACAACAAAUACAAAAGGCUAAUUCAAGUUUUGGUGCAGAUUCAAGUAUCAGUUAUACACCAAGUAGAAGAAGAAAAAUAUCAGGUGCUUUAGCUUCUAAAAUUCAAGUUGCUGUUCCAAUUGAAUCACCAGGUCAACCUAGAAAAUAUGUAGAUGAAGAAUCAAAUGAAGAAAUAAUGAUUAAUAAUUCAGAUGAUGAAAAUACAAUGCAAGAUAUAAUACAUUCAUCACCAAGAGCGAAUACAUCAACAUCAACUCCAAAGAAAGAAUAUGCUUCUGAAUGGAAAGUUUUAAGAUCAAUUUCAAAUAAUAAUCAACAACCAAUGCAAUUAACAAAGACAACUACGACUACAACUACAAGAACAAUAAGUACUACAUUAUCAUCAUCACCAAGUCAUGAACAGCAGCAACAGCAGCAACAACAGCAACAAACUAGUCCAACUUCAAAUUUAAUAAUACAUAAAUCACGAUCAAAUAAACCUAGAAUUGGAUCGAAUUCAUCACCAAGAGUACAUUCAGGAGGGAUAAGGAAAUUAAGUGGUAAAAAGUAUUAA